CAGUAACAAUAAAAGAAACAAUACACGUUGUAUUCAUACACAAUAUCUUAUAUAUUAUAACAAACGCAAAAGCUCAAGCCAAACAUUCAAAAAUGAGCAGCAGCAAAAACAUGUCAAGACAUAAAGUCACACUUGACGAAGGAAUAAAUUCGUCAACUAGACCGUUAGGCCAGUUAAGAGUGACUGGCAAAGGAGCCCCGACGGAGACUCAGUUGCUCAAACUCCCACCCGUUGAAAUUUACCCCAGCCGCUCAUUCGAAGACACUUUUGUCAGGGGUCUACAAGUCGGAAAGCCAGCAGUAGUGAAUGCCUCAACCCAGGUCAACCAGGCCCAAAUUCUGAACUGCACCCCAGAACCACACUUAGCCAGACCGACGCCUGAGACCCGAAAUACCAGAGUCAUGGCAUCGGAUCACAAAGCAGUGAAUGCAGUCGGCAACGCCUAUCUCACACCUUCCGUAUAUGGAAGGGACAGUGAGAACAGGUUUUGGGACGAGGAAAUCAUGGAGAUGAGGAAUCACGUGCAGGAACUGCUGGGUGAAAUCGACGAUUUGAAGGACGAGGCAGAGGCCAGUAAGAGUAAAGUGGUUGAGAUGGAGGAGAGGGCGAGGGGGGCUGAGGAGGAGAAGGAACAGCUGCAGUCCCAGGUGCACAAGCUGGAGACUGACUAUGACUUCAUGGUGGAGAAACUCAUCACGGAGAAUGAGAAGUUGGAGGUUGCGCAGGAGAGACUGAGUCAGCUAGAGCCUCUGGAGGAGGAAGUCAAGACACUGAGGAAGGAAAACUCUGAACUGAGGGAGAAAGUGGAGAGGGCGGAGGAGACUGAAAGGGCCAAAAUUGAACAGAUAGAAAAAAAGCACGUGAAUAAAAUAGCAGAAGUGAGGCUGGAGAUAGAGAAGGAGAUGUUUUUCAAGGACGACAAAAUUGAAAAGCUCAAGAAGGCUCUCGAAGCUCUGCUUGGCCAGAAAUCCAAUGAGCGCCAGAAACAACUUGACGACAUGGUCCGAAACUUUGCAAAACUGCAGAACGAGACGGAAAUUCUGAAGGCUAAACUCAAGCACUACGAAGAUAAAUCAAAGACUUCUUGCCAUAACUGUGGUAGACUAUCUUACAAGCUUGAAGAAAAGAUUUCACAGCUGCUAACAAAAGAAAAGCAAGUGAAUCAGUUCCAGGAGCAAAACAACCAUCUGAGAUCUCAACUAGUCGACCAGGAUAAAAGAAUGGACAGAAUAAUUGAAGAUCGUGCAAUUGAAAAAAUAACCGUUUAUAAAUAAACUGACAAAACUUUGCAUUGAACUGAUUUCAUUUUUGAUCAAUAGAUUAAUUUAAAUAUCUUU